AUGCCGGAUCUUACUGAUAUCGAGUCAUCCACAAACGAGUCAGCAGGGGUAGAGGGCGGUGUUAUACACGAGGGUGCGUUGGCAGGUAGAGGAAUGGUAGAAGAACGGGGAAAAAAGGAGGCAGAAGGACGACGGGUGGUAGAAGAACGGCGAGAAUGGGUGGGAGAAGGGAGAGAAGUGGUGACAGCAGAGGGAAACGAGGAUUUUGUUACGCUAGGUGGGUUCCUGGCCUCGUUUGAAGCUGUACUGGCUGCUGGUAGGAAUGCUGGUGGGAGGGCCGGUGUGGGGGAGGUGAUGGGGACGGGAGAUAUGGAGAGAGGAGAGGAGGGCAGUGGGAAGGAGAGGGAAGGGGGUGGAAGUGAGGAUAAAAGGGGAAAAGUGAGGCAAGGGGGUGAGGAGAGGGAUGUGGGAGGAAAUGUUGUUGAGGGAGAAGGGAAGGUGGGAGAGGAGGGGAGGGCUGAGGAGGGGAGGGUGGAGAGGGAGAGAGGGGGAGCAGAAGGUGGAGGAUUGUACCCUCCGGAGCAGCAGCAGCAGUUUCAGCAGCAGCAGCCGCCGCAGCAGCAGAAGCAGCAGCAGCAGCAGAAGCAGCAGCAGCAGCAGCUGCUGCUGCGGCAGUUUCAGUCACAGCAGCAGCAGAUUGAGGGAGAGAACGCUUGGGUAUAUGAGCGCCAGACAGAGAGACUCAGUUGGGACAGGUGGGAGAGGGAAGGAGCACAAGAGAGCGUGGGAAGCGGGUGGAACGUGGGGAAGGGUGUGAGGGAGAGUGUGGGAGAGAGCAGCAGGGAAGGAAGGAUGGGUCUGAUCAAAGGGGGGAGGUACAGCAGUGGUGCUGGCAGCAGCAGAGGGUGCAGUAGCAGCGAGAGUGACAGAGGGCGCAGCAGCAGAGAGGGUAGCAGCAGCAGCAGAAGCAGCAGCAGCAGCAGCAGCAGCAGCAGUGGGAGUAGCAUUGCGAGAAGCAGCGGAAGGGAGGGCAGUGCGAGGGGUUCUGGUGAGAGGAGUGGUGAUGGGAGCAUCAGAGAAGGUUUGCUGGACGUGGAUGCGCGUUGGGGGGAGUCGGAGAGUGGAAAAUCGUUGAACGCUUAUUCUGCUGAGCAUGAGGACUCAGAUCUUUCUGUCUUGACGCUUGGCCGAGGUGGGGGACAGGGAGGGGGAGGGAGACAGGGGAAAGGAACAACACACGGUAAUUCACAGGAAGAUCUGGGGAGAGAGAAGGGAGAUCAGGAGACAGCGAGGAGGACCGGGGUAGGGAAGCAGGGGGAGGAGGAAGGAGAGGAGGCGGAGAUGGGAAGAGAGGAGGGGGCAAGGGGAAGUGAGGACGGGACGUCGGAUUGGCUGAGACUGGGUGUGGCUAUGAGUGGAUGCUCUAAGGAGUCUCAUCGUACGAUUGACUUGAUGGGGUCAUCUUGCAUCCACGGCAGUGAGGAUAUGGAGGAUAUGGCCAUGCCACGUGGCACAGCAUCAGCCUCUCCACGUGGCAGAUCACAGGCCUGGGCUCACGCCACGUGUCAUCAUGCUCAUGCUGGCAGCCCAUCACCAAGCAGCGAUCUCCGGGAGCUCGUGGCUCGGCAGCAGGGGCAGAUAGAUGAGCUGCGGCGGCUGCUGGGGCAGCAGAUGGAGGCGUGCCAUGCGCUGGCUGCUGCUCUGAGGCUGCAGCACCAGGAGCGUCAGCAUUUGGGGAGGCAGUGGGAGCAAUGUUUUGGAGGUUUGAAGGAGACUCAGGAGGCAGAUAUAGAGGAAACAAAGCUUGGAGAAAGCAAGUCCGAGGAAGCAGAUGGGGCAGAAGGGGAAGAAGGGGCAGAGGAGGCGGGUGGUGAAAGAGGGAAGGGUCUAAGGGACAGCGGAGGUGGCGGGUGUGAAGGGGCAAGGGAAUGGCGGGACCUGGAUUGGGACGACGAGUUGAUGCAGCAGUCUGGGGAGCUGCGAGGAGAUAUCACAAGUCUCAAGGAUCAGGUGGGUUGGCGUGAGAGAGAAGGAUGGUUAAGGGAUAGAGGAGGUGGCGGGUGUGAAGGGGCAGGGCAGUGGAGGGACCUGGACUGGGACGACGAGUUGAUGCAGCAGUCUGGGGAGCUGCGAGGAGAUAUCUCGAGUCUCAAAGACCAGCUUGCACAAAGGGCCAACCGCAUAGCAACACUCAAGCAGUCGCUCCUUCACACCAUGGCUCAGCUUAAGUCCCGCUCUCCCUCUCUCUCCUUGCCUUGUGUGUCCCGUGCGCCCCUUCUCGUUCCCUGCUCGCAGCUUGCACAAAGGGCCUACUGCAUCGCGUCACUCAAGCACUCUCUCCUUCACACCAUGGCGCAGCUCAAGUCCCGCUCUCCCUCCCCGGGACCCGCCUUCUCCCUCGCUUCCCUCCACUUCCCCUCCCUCCCCUCGCCCUCCCAACAACCCUCCACUCGCCUAUCCCCGUCUCCUCUGCUCCCCUCCCUUCACUCGCCCUCUCGUCUCCCCUCUUCUCAUCGCUCGCCCUCUCCGUCUCCCAGGCAUUCCCCCGUGCUUCCGUCCCGCCCCGCCUCUAGUUCCCAUCAGGCAGCCACCGUAGGGCAUAGAAGCAUCAGAGAAGCCUCUUAG